AUGGCCUCCUUGAAGCAGGCGAGCAAGGUCGUCUGCAUUGGCCGCAACUAUGCGGACCAUGUGGCUGAGCUGAACAACACGCGCCCCAAGCAGCCCUUUUUCUUCCUGAAGCCCCCCUCAUCUAUCGUGCUCCCUGGCGCCGGGCCAUGCAUCCGUCCCAAGGGCGUGGACAUGCACUAUGAGGUCGAGCUCGCCCUCAUCAUGGGCAAGCAGGUCAAGGACCUGAAGCCUGAUGACGAGCAGGGUGCCCUGGACGCCAUCGAGAACUACGCCCUGGCCAUCGACAUGACGGCCAGAAACAUCCAGAACGAGGCCAAGAAGAAGGGACUCCCGUGGGAUAUCGCCAAGGGCUUCGACACCUUCCUGCCCAUGAGCAACAUCAUCCCCAAGUCGGCCAUCCCGGACCCGCACAACGUGGAGCUCUACCUGACUGUCAACGGCGAGGUCCACCAGCAGGAUUCCACAGAGCUGCUGCUGUUCCGCAUCCCGCGCAUCCUGAGCGACAUCUCCAGGGUCAUGACCCUCGAGAAGGGCGACAUUGUCCUGACCGGCACGCCCAAGGGCGUCGGUCCCGUGGUGCCCGGCGAUGUCAUGCGCGCCGGUCUGAGGGUGAACGGCAAGGAGCUCGAUGAGGCCAAGAUUGAGAUCCCCGUCGAGGAAUCCAAGGGCGCCUACGAGUUCUCCGAGACGUAA